AUGGAGACUGUCGUACACGACCAAACGCCUCUUGCUGAGUAUCUGAAGGGUGAAGGCGAAGAACAGCACGACUGGCCCGCGCCGUCUGGUUCGGACCAUCACGAUGAAUCGCCGCCGCCGAGCCCGUCUUUCGCACCGGUAGGGCGGCCGAUGGUGAGGAAGCGGUUUCGGAACAAACUUCCCGCUCCCCUGGACCUCCCACGCGUGAACAGGCUGCGGUCGUUGCACAGCUAUUCGAAAGCAGUCGCAUCGAGGAUAGACCGUGCCGAUAAUCACAAGUUUAUUGAACAAUUCCGGUACACGAUUGUCGCGUCGCAGUUGUUAAGCAGCGCCUCUAUCGCCGGCCAGACCAGUUCAUAUAGUCGACCGAAGGAUUCACCCGAGCUUCCUCAAAAUCCGGUAGCCCCUACAUCAACAGGGCUGUUGAUAACGGCUGCCUCGGCGCUGGUCGUUGCGUGGGUAGUCAGCUGGCUUUCCUCCGGGGGAUAUGCGCAGUUGACAAAGAAGCGCGUGGCAUUCGGGGCAGCUCUCCUCGCUGCCGUCGGCUUUGUAUCACACGCCUAUAUCCGGCAACAAUGGCUUAGGCAUUUGCGGAACCAGGCGCUGACCGAGGUGACAACCUUCGUUUCCAGAUCGCAGGACUUUGACAGCGCAUCCAGCGCUGCUUUGUCUCUUGUUCAGGAGGUCGAGCUUGUUUCCCGGGGCUACAGGAUAAGCGCACCAUUGCCUCCUAUCAGUCGGAUAGAGGACAAGUCUCAGAACCGCCGUUGCCGCAGGCUGCGCCAGGCGCUCAGAGAGCGAUUAUCGGAUAUGAUUGAGAACCACAUGCAGGUGUCGUCAGUAGUCAAAGCCUUCGCCGAGCAGCUUGAUCUCGAGAAGUAUUAUGAUGUGUAUGACAUCAGCGACCUAGACAUCUCAGACGCAAUGCAAGGCUUCUCAGAACGCGAAUUUGAGGAUAAAGAGUCACUGAGGACUUUGAAAAUUGCGGCUGCCCGUUUCCAUACCAUCCGGAAGAUUACGCUGUGCUCACUACUCGCCUUUGAGGCGAGGGGAGACAGUACUGACUUUCUACGAUGGUCGACGGCCGUUGAAGGGCUCAGAACUCUCAACGAGGUGACUCGCCAGAGCUACCAAAGACUUCAUGAUAUUCUCAGUCAAGAAGAGACGUUCCCGACGAUCUCGGAGACAAAACUUCCGCUUUCUCCAGGCCGAGAGAAGCGACGAUCUCAGUUCAGCAAACUCAAUUCGCUUUCGAUGGGCAUACGAGGCCUCCAAGCAAAGCUGGCUCUAUUACGGGAAGAGUCGGAGAAGACACUCAACGAAGCACCAGAUGUGUCUGAGCUGGGCCACAGCCUCAUGGCCCAGUACGAAUCUAUUGGCCAGGACUUAAAGAUGCUAACGCAAGCAUGGGAGGAGGGCAAAGCUGCCUUGGCAUCAGGUAUUGACCGGAACGAGAAGCGGCUGUCGUCUCUCAGCGCCGUUCUUUCGCCAGCCACAUCGCUUAGUGGUCUUACUACGGUUGAAGAAGGCGGGGCUCUCGAUGCACUUCGAGCUCUAACGGGCGAGUCUCCCCGAAGCUCGAGCUUCGGGAGCGCAAAAGGGGAUUUGGACGAGGCCGAGGUGUUCGAAGCAGUCUCCUUACCCAGCAGGCCCCGGAGUUUCAUGACGAGAGAUGAACGGAUCGCCAAGAUGAAGGAAGACCGAGAGAGGAGAGAGAUCGCCAAGGAGAAGGCCGAGGCAAGCCGAGGGAUGCUGCGAGAACUCGAAAUGGUCAUCAACCUACGGCCGAAGCGCGCUACAAUGCCCGCACCAGGGCGCCUUUCGUUAUGA